AUGUCGGAAACAUCUUGCGAAGUCGGACCAACCACACACAAUGCUAGCCUCUUUAAAGAGGGUCGUCAAGCUUACCACGGUUCAUGUCAUUGUGGUGCACUCAAAUACUCAGUAGAGAUUGAUUUCUUGACCAACAAGUCUGUUAGAUGCAAUUGCUCAUUCUGUACAAAGAUUCGUAUUUGGGAGGUAUUGGUUAAACCAGAGUUCUUCAAGUUAUUAGAAGGUCAAGAUAGCUAUACAACUUAUAAGUUUGGUGAAAAGGCUCAUUCUCAUUAUCAUUGUAAGCAUUGUGGAAUUCGUUGUCAUGGAUUUUCAAUCAUUCCAGAUAUGGGAGGUGACUUUAUUGCCAUCUCUAUCAAUACUCUUGAUGACUUGACCGAUGAACAAAUGUCAUCUCUCAUUGUACAACCAUUGGAUGGUAGAAAUAAUAAUUGGUUUGAAGUACCAAAAUUCCAUAAUCAUCUCUAG